GGUCCAUCGUUUUUUGUCCAUGCAACAAAACGUAACCAUUAAUUAGCUCCAAGGUAUUGAUACCAAUUACUUCUUUUUUUCUUCUUGUACUCAAUCUUGCCUCAACAGUCGUAGUAAUGGCACCAAACAGCAUAAAAAAACUCAGGAAACUGCCUCAUGUGUUCAGCAAAGUCCUCCAAUUACCGAUCCCGUCGGACGCGGAUGUCGAGGUGGUAGAAAACCCCGAUUUCUUCCGUUUCAUGGCAAAAAUGGACCAGCAUGGUGAAAAUAUUCGUAACGUGAGGGCACAAACAGUGGAGAUUCAUCCGGGGAUUACGAAGAUAGUAGUAGUGAGAAAUGGUGGUGAAGCGAUGUUGGACCAAUUGAACGUGGACACGUGGAGAUUCAGGUUACCCACGUCCACAAAGCCGGAGCUGGCUACGGCUGCGUUUGCGGACGGGGAGCUAAUCGUGACGGUGCCGAAAGGUGUGAACGGUCGUGGAGGGAAGGAUGUUUUGGUACGCCGCGGAAAUAUCAAGCUUGUUCUUGUACAAUAAGAUUAUCAGCUAGAGCUCUCGAUAUAUUGACAUUAUUUUCUAGGGACGAAAUGAUAUAUUUGAAAAAUAAUUAUGUUUAAACUUGUAUUUCAUCCUCAUUGAUGACAAAUAAUAAUUAUAUGCAAAUCUUUGAAUUGAAUCA